AUCCACCGGAAAGACAGGAUAUGACGUCAGUGGUGGGAUUCGAUGUAACUUGUGGACAAAUCAGCUUUUAUUUUUUUUAGUCAAGUGUCAAAAUAAGAAAACUGUCUGAUCUAUUUGUACAUUAUCAUGAUUAUGGGAGAUGUUUUUGCCGAAUCUUUUUAUAUUAUUUUUCGUUAUCGGUAGCUCAUGUGGGAAGCACAGCAUUAUUUUCCGCGAUGACUAUUCUCCACCAGCUUCCAUCCCGGCUGAUGAACACAAGAUCUACAGCGUCCCCCUCAACCAGAUAAUCAGUCAGCCGUUGCUUGCCGACCUCAUGAACAACGGCAUCCGCGUCACUGGCGACUUAAUGGAAGAGGAGGCCGAUAUAACGUUCUCCGUCGAGUCGAUCGAUUACGACGUGUACACGCACAGAAAGACCACUGAUGAGUGGAAGGAAAGCGGAGGCAAACUGUGUCAGUGGGCGAAGAACACCAGAUACCGGACGAGACAGAAGGAAAAGUUUUACUGUGGCAGAGGUGGUCACAGCACGAUGCUGGACCAUGACUUGCAAGUAUACGAUGGUUUAAUCAGCAUCGAAGGUCUGUUUCACCACCACACGAAUUACAUGGCCAUUCCUGCCAGCAAACGGGUGUUUAAAGUGACCGUCUUACUGCCUAAUUUUGCUACCAUCUCCAACACAACAAACCCGGUGCUCAUUGAAACCCCUGCUUGGACAUUGGAAUUUACUGAUAUUCCAUCAACCGUUGUGGCCAACAAUCCAUUCAAUAUUUCCAUAGCGAUAUUGGACGUGAACAGGAAUGUCAUGACAGCAGGUCUCGACUCGACAGCACUCGUAGAAUUGAGGAUAUCCUGGGAGCAUACAAGACAUUACGACAUGAACAGAAUUCUCCAAUCCACAUUAGUACGCAUGGCUAGUCCAGAAACAAGACUGCAUCCCGUCUACCACGUUACGUACAUUCGAAAGAGGGCGCGGUCGGGACUGGUGACGUUCACGGACGUGAGAAUCCUCGACGUUCACGACAACCUGAACCUGAACGCCAGCCUCAAGCAGGCGUGGCUGCCGUCGGUGCAGGACGGGAACGUAUACAAGCAGUACGAGGCCACGGUGAUGUCACUGGACAAACGAAUUCGGGACAUCGUUUUAUCGCCGUCAUUACAAGUCAAAGCACAAAUCCCGUCUAGGCUGGUACUGGUAACACCAGACGGCGAUCUUCCUAAGAAAAAUGUGUACAACUUCCCUUUUUACCCCGAUCUUGAAGUGGAACUGCGAGAUUACAAUGGCAACAGAGUCUAUUCUGGACCAGAUUCUAUUUUGCCUGUAUCAACAGUAAUAAAGUCAGCUGCUUUCCUGUCCUAUGACUCGGGUUUCACAUUAUACGGAGGUCGAGGUGUCUUUCCCGGUUCUAUAUCCACAAACCGCGUCGUGGACAAACAAGACAGAAUGACACUAUAUUUUCAAGUGUUAAGCAGUGUUGGUAUUCUCAGAUGUCGCCACAUUAAAAAUAUUAUACUAAGCGAUAGCCUGCAUCUUGCCACGUUCUAUGACCACAGCAAGCACCAGCACUACUUGGACUUCACAAAAGUGGCCGUCAGAUUUGUGAACAAAAUGAACAAGCUUCCGAAGAAACUCCCAGUCCGAGAGAGAAAAUUGAUCGUUGACAAUUUGGACAACAAAUCUGAUCUUGCUCACACUUUAAGCCUGUACAAAUCCAUGAUCAGGAUUGGAGAGAACGACCCUUCAAACAGAGUUCGUGGCGUGGUUGGAAUGGGAAGUAACUUCUUGACAGAGAAUAUGAACCCACUGCUGAGUAUCAACGAAAUGCCCACAGUGGCAGUCAUGGAAACCACAAGUGAAUUUUCCAACAAGAAGUUGUAUCCAUACUUCAAUCGCAUUUGCUGGAACGAAUAUGAUAUCUUUCUGAGCCUUUUUCUUGCGGCCAAAUCAAGACACUGGAAUAAUAUUGUUGUUAUUAGUCAGGAAAAUGAGGUUAUGAGCACCGCUUUCUUCGAGGAGGCGGCUAAACAUCGUGUAGAUAUUCUGGCAGAGGUCGUCAUCCCUGAAGAUAUUGGUGAAGAGCAGCUAGGUAAUGAAAUGAAGAAGAUAAAGGAGAAGUCAUCGAGGAUAAUUUUCUUUUUCAUCGGAAGUCCCCUAAAUGGGCGUGUUCUGCGAGCAGCAAUUCGAAACGAAAUAGCUUGUAUGCACGGAUACCAGUGGGUCACUGUCGAACAGUCUACGUGGGAAUUCCCUUGGACUAACUCUCAUGCAGAUUGUAAGGAAAGACCUAUUUGUACUGUGGCUUUCAAAGGUCUGCACGCCUUUUCUUCGACAUACCCAUUUCUCGGUCGCUUCUUUACCCCAACGAUAACAAGAUUCGAUGGCACAAACAAGUAUGGUCUUUAUCAGGUAUUACCAUUUCAUUUUUCAAAAAGAGCUAUAGGUAUAGGUGAUGGUGUGGAUGAAGUUGACAGAGCUAUAGGUAUAGGUGGUGGUGUGGAUGAAGUUGACAGAGCUAUAGGUAUAGGUGAUGGUGUGGAUGAAGUUGACAGAGCUAUAGGUAUAGGUGAUGGUGUGGAUGAAGUUGACAGAGCUAUAGGUAUAGGUGAUGGUGUGGACGAAGUUGACAGAGAUAUAGUUGAUGGUAAAGUUGACAGAGCGAUAGGUAUAGGUGAUGGUGUGGACGAAGUUGACAGAGCUAUAGGUAUAGGUGAUGGUGUGGACGAAAUCGAUAGUAAAAGAUUUAUUAAUGGAAGGAUACAUUUCGAUAAGUCAGGAAACAGGCCGGGCUACUAUGGACUUCUUGCAACAGUGAAUCCCCAUCCUCCGAAACUUGCAACUUCGGCACCUUCGGUGGUCGUGUACAACCGGAUGUUUCUUGGCGUGAAUAAGACCUUCCAGUGGGAACUGCAAAUUAAGGCACUGCCUCCACUGUCCAAGUCCCCCUGGAAUUAUACAGUGGUUCCUGUGGCACUUCCAAAUACAAAAUACAUCGCCACACGAUCGUUUGUCACAAUGUCCAUGAUACUUACAAACUCGACGCGUGAAAUUGACUCUGCCUUAAUGUCAGGGUACCGAAAAGUGAUCAAAGAAAAGGUGAUCGCACAUUUCUUUUGUAAGUUUGGCUGUGGCGGAAAGCAACUUUACUCAACGAACGUGCGGUUGUAUGAAUUUGGUAACUGCACGGAAAUGAACAAGUGCAGGUGUGCGAAAGGUUACUAUGGUCCGUGGUGCCAGAGAAUAAUGUGUCAAUGCCACUACGGACAUUGCAAGGUUCCCAAUGUGUGUACAUGCUUUGAAGGCUGGAGUGGGGACAACUGUUUCUCCCCAGUUUGUGAAUCCUGUGUCCAUGGGACAUGCAGCAAGCCAAACCUAUGCAAAUGUGACCCUGCGUGGAGCGGAAAGGACUGCAACACUACGUUCCUGUACUUGUUCUUUGCAGCAGUCUGCGGGGUGUGCUGCCUUGGACUCUUUCUAGCUCUGCUGGUCCGAUCGCUUUCAAAAAGAAAUGCAAUGAAUAAUUUGGAUUGGCUUGUCUGGUGGGAAGACGUCCAUCUCAGCGAGACAAAAUCCCAAAACAUAGCUACCUGGAGGACCUAUUUAUGUUACAUACAGAGGUUCAACAUCGCUUCCUUGAAUGUCAAUGAUCAAAGCUUGCGCCGUGACAUAGUAAUCCUGAAGUCACUGAAGCAUCAGAAUAUCGUCGCAUUUAUUGGAGCAUGUCUGCAGGCUCCCAAUGUCUGUUUGCUGGUUGAGCUGUGUCCAAAGGGAAGCCUGGAAGACUUGCUCGCCAACCAAGACGUGCCUCUUCACUGGGAUUUUCGCUUCUCCAUCCUGAAGGAUAUCUGUCACGGAAUGGCUUACAUCCACAAUGACAUCUACUCUCACGGACGCCUCAAGUCCAGCAACUGUCUCAUUGAUCGCCGAUGGGUGUGCAAAAUAGCAGGCCAUGGGUGUCCCACGAUGAGAUAUAAGGCUCCAAGACUGUCGUCAGACCUACCGUACUAUAAUCGGGACAGAACUGUGAGCUCCUUGUUUUGGACGUCUCCCGAGUUGCUCAGAAAAGGUUCAUGUCUUUCCGAAAUUCACCGUGGAACCAAAGAAGGGGACGUCUAUUCAUUUGGAAUCAUUUUGUCCGAGGUCAUCACACACGAGAAACCGUUUGCCUUUGAACGCAGUGUAGUGAAAGAUUCUGACAUUAUUAAUUUGGUGAUGAAUCUGAACUUCCCGCAGAACAAAAAUGCAAUAACGGUAUUGCGUGGUCUCGAUGUAGAUGUAACAGAUGUUUUCCGACCGUCGAUUGACAAGACAAGCAUGCCGGAGAGGAUACAGCCAAGGAUGAUGAGCCUGCUGGAGAAUGCUUGGAACCAGGACCCGAAGAAGCGACCGACCUUCAAGAAUCUCCUGAGAGAGCUCAACUUGAUGCACCCCGUCAAAGGAGGAUUCGUCGACAACCUCGUCAACAUGCUUCAGAAUUACUCGACCGAGCUGGAGACAUUGGUGGCAGAAAAGACUCGAGACCUGAUCGCCGAGAAGCUGAAAACAGAGGAACUCGUUAGCCAGCUGCUGCCCGAGAAAGUGGCCAAGGAACUGCAUGGCGGUGGGCGAGUCGAUCCAGAGUCGUUCGAUUGCGUAACCAUCUUUUUCAGUGACAUCGUCGGCUUCACGACUAUCGCCCAGUACAGCACCCCACUACAAGUGGUGGCCCUGCUCAACGACCUCUACUCCAUGUUCGACAGGAUCCUCGACCGAUACAACGUCUAUAAAGUGGAAACAAUCGGUGAUGCUUACAUGGUGGUCGGUGGCAUACCAGUACGCAGUGGAAACCAGCAUGCGGGAGAAAUCGCCACCAUGUCGCUAGACCUGGUCGCAUCCAUUGUGGGAUUCAAGAUCAGACAUAUGCCCAACAAAGUCCUUCACCUUAGAGUGGGAAUUCAUUCUGGACCUGUCGUGGCUGGUGUUGUGGGACGGAAGAUGCCGCGGUAUUGUCUGACCGGUGACGCCGUGAACACAGCGUCACGUAUGGAAAGCACUUCCAAAGCAUUGAAAAUUCACAUUAGCGAAGCCACUGCCAAGAUCCUCAGUCAACUUCAGGGCUACUACAUCAAAUGUCGCGGUGAGACAGAAAUUAAGGGCAAGGGCAAGAUGAUUACCUACUGGCUUCUUGGCAAACGCGACUUCAUGACACAACUGCCCUCAUCAGGCGAACACGACGAUUAGUGAAAGAUUAUACUCGAGUAUUA